GAGCGACAUCCGUGGGCACCACUCCACUCAGGCUUUGCGUUACCCUCACUGCUGUGGCUCUUGGUCCCAAUCCAAAAUAAUGACAUUUAGCAAGGAUACAUGUCAGGGCCCUGGAUCGGAUUAAAAAGAUCCUGCACGCCAGUGAUGGCCUGAGAGGCCAGCCCACCAGCUCAUGUGAAACGAGACCAAACCCCCGCUCACCAGCUUGGGGUUUUGGGUACCCCUGAGCUCUGAACAAGUCAGCGCUGUUGCACCCUGCUGCUAAGAGCUGCUGCUAGCCGAGGCCACAGAAGGAAGGGCUGUAGUGACGUCCAGUGCUGAGGAGGAGGGGGCUCUGUGCCAGGCAGAGCCAUGCAGAGCAGGGCCCUUGGGGCUGGCCCCAUGGCAAGCAGGGCACGCUGGACCAGUAGCACAGGCCCUGAUGAGAGACAGAUGGAAGAUCCCAUUUAGACUACAGAGAGGACUGGCGGCGGGGCGGGGGGUUGGGGGUGAUGUAAGAGCUGUCUUCCUUCACCUGGCUGGGGGCCUGUCACCUGCAGGAUAAGGUCACUAAUCCCAGCAAAUAGCCUGUUAGCUCAUCUAAGUCCCCACACUGCUGUGAUGAUUUCAGGCAAGAAAACAUGGCUCAGAGAGGCUAAGUGACUUCCCUAAGAUCACACAGCCAGUUAGUGGCAGAACUGGGACAUGAACUCAGAUCUGUCUGACUCAAAUCCAUGCACUUGAACCCCAGACUAGCAUUUUCAGUAUAACUUUCUAGGGCAGAGCCCGGUGGCUGAGUUUCGGAAGGCCUUGCCUUUCCAGCCAAGUGUGCAGUUCAUUGGUAGACUGGAGGGCUGGGUCCUGGUUGUGGCUCCUCUUCUUCCCCAGCCCUUGCUCUUCCGGGAUGACCUUGGGAUGCUCAACUAACCUCUGUCUCUUUCUCUUUGUCUGUGUCUGUCUGUCUCCCUCUCUCUCUGCCUCUCUUCGGGGAGGGAGGUUUUCCCUUCUUCUCUUUCAUCUUCUGUAUGUGUGCCCCUCUGUCCCUCCUGUCUGUCCAUCUACCUCUCUCCAAACCUCUGUUUCCCUAUCUGUGCUUGUCCUGGUCUCUCCGCAGGACCCUCCAGUGGACAUGGGUGGGGCCCUGGGGCCGGCCCUGUUGCUCACCUCGCUCUUCGGUGCCUGGGCGGGGCUGGGGCAGGGCGAGCAGGGCAUGACGGUGGCCGUGGUGUUUGGCAGCUCGGGGCCGCCCCAGGCCCAGGUUCGUGCCCGCCUCACCCCCCAGAGCUUCCUGGACCUGCCCCUGGAGAUCCAGCCACUCACAGUGGGGGUCAACAACACAAACCCCAGCAGCCUCCUCACCCAGAUCUGCGGCCUCCUGGGUGCUGCCCGCGUCCACGGCAUUGUCUUUGAGGACAACGUGGGCACCGAGGCGGUGGCCCAGAUCCUUGACUUCAUCUCCUCCCAGACCCAUGUGCCCAUCCUCAGCAUCAGCGGAGGCUCCGCUGUGGUCCUCUCCCCCAAGGAGCCGGGCUCCGCCUUCCUGCAGCUGGGCGUGUCCCUGGAGCAGCAGCUGCAGGUGUUGUUCAAGGUGCUGGAAGAGUACGACUGGAGCGCCUUCGCGGUUAUCACCAGCCUGCACCCGGGCCACGCGCUCUUCCUGGAGGGCGUGCGCGCUGUCGCCGACGCCAGCCACCUGAGCUGGCGGCUGCUGGACGUGGUCACGCUAGAGCUGGGCCCGGGAGGGCCGCGCGCGCGCACCCAGCGCCUGCUGCGCCAGCUCGACGCGCCCGUGUUCGUGGCCUACUGCUCGAGCGAGGAGGCCGAGGUGCUCUUCGCCGAGGCGGCGCAGGCUGGCCUGGUGGGGCCCGGCCACGUGUGGCUGGUGCCCAACCUGGCGCUGGGCAGCACCGAUGCGCCCCCUGCCACCUUUCCCGUGGGCCUCAUCAGCGUCGUCACCGAGAGCUGGCGCCUCAGCCUGCGCCAGAAGGUCCGCGACGGCGUGGCCAUUCUGGCCCUGGGCGCCCACGGCUACCGGCGCCAGCACGGAACCCUGCCAGCCCCGGCCGGGGACUGCCGCGCUCACCCUGGGCCCGUCAGCCCUGCCCGGGAGGCCUUCUACAGGCACCUACUGAAUGUCACCUGGGAGGGCCGAGACUUCUCCUUCAGCCCUGGUGGGUACCUGGUCCAGCCCACCAUGGUGGUGAUCGCCCUCAACCGGCACCGCCUCUGGGAGAUGGUGGGGCGCUGGGAGCAUGGCGUCCUAUACAUGAAGUACCCCGUGUGGCCUCGCUACAGUGCCUCUCUGCAGCCCGUGGUGGACAGUCGGCACCUGACGGUGGCCACGCUGGAAGAGAGGCCCUUUGUCAUCGUGGAGAGCCCCGACCCUGGCACAGGAGGCUGCGUCCCCAACACCGUGCCCUGCCGCAGGCAGAGCAACCACACCUUCAGCAGCGGGGACGUGGCCCCCUACACCAAGCUCUGUUGUAAGGGAUUCUGCAUCGACAUCCUCAAGAAGCUGGCCAGGGUGGUCAAAUUCUCCUAUGACCUGUACCUUGUGACCAACGGCAAGCAUGGCAAGCGGGUGCGCGGCGUAUGGAACGGCAUGAUUGGGGAGGUGUACUACAAGCGGGCAGACAUGGCCAUCGGCUCCCUCACCAUCAAUGAGGAGCGCUCCGAGAUCGUAGACUUCUCUGUGCCCUUCGUGGAGACGGGCAUCAGUGUGAUGGUGGCUCGCAGCAAUGGCACCGUCUCCCCCUCGGCCUUCCUGGAGCCAUAUAGCCCUGCGGUAUGGGUGAUGAUGUUUGUCAUGUGCCUCACUGUGGUGGCCGUCACCGUCUUCAUGUUCGAGUACUUCAGCCCCGUCAGCUACAACCAGAACCUCACUAGAGGCAAGAAGUCCGGGGGCCCAUCUUUCACCAUCGGCAAGUCGGUGUGGUUGCUGUGGGCGCUGGUCUUCAACAACUCGGUGCCGAUCGAGAACCCGCGGGGCACCACCAGCAAGAUCAUGGUUCUGGUCUGGGCCUUCUUUGCUGUCAUCUUCCUCGCCAGCUACACGGCCAACCUGGCCGCCUUCAUGAUCCAGGAGCAAUACAUCGACACUGUGUCGGGCCUCAGUGACAAGAAGUUUCAGCGGCCUCAAGAUCAGUACCCACCUUUCCGCUUUGGCACGGUGCCCAACGGCAGCACAGAGCGGAACAUCCGCAGUAACUACCGUGACAUGCACACCCACAUGGUCAAGUUCAACCAGCGCUCGGUGGAGGACGCUCUCACCAGCCUCAAGAUGGGGAAGCUGGAUGCCUUCAUCUAUGAUGCUGCUGUCCUCAACUACAUGGCAGGCAAGGACGAGGGCUGCAAGCUGGUCACCAUUGGGUCUGGCAAGGUCUUUGCCACCACUGGCUACGGCAUCGCCAUGCAGAAGGACUCCCACUGGAAGCGGGCCAUAGACCUGGCGCUCUUGCAGUUCCUGGGGGACGGAGAGACACAGAAACUGGAGACAGUGUGGCUCUCGGGGAUCUGCCAGAAUGAGAAGAACGAGGUGAUGAGCAGCAAGCUGGACAUCGAUAACAUGGCAGGUGUCUUCUACAUGCUGCUGGUGGCCAUGGGGCUGGCCCUGCUGGUCUUCGCCUGGGAGCACCUGGUCUACUGGAAGCUGCGCCACUCGGUGCCCAACACAUCCCAGCUGGACUUCCUGCUGGCUUUCAGCAGGGGCAUCUACAGCUGCUUCAGCGGGGUGCAGAGCCUGGCCAGCCCACCGCGGCAGCCCAGCCCGGACCUCACGGCCAGCUCGGCCCAGGCCAGCGUGCUCAAGAUGCUGCAGGCGGCCCGCGACAUGGUGACCACGGCGGGCGUGAGCAGCUCCCUGGACCGCGCCACUCGCACCAUCGAGAACUGGGGUGGUGGCCGCCGUGCGCCCCCACCGCCCCCCUGCCCGACCCCGCGGUCUGGCCCCAGCCCAUGCCUGCCCACCCCUGGCUCGCCCCCAGAGCCGAGCCCCAGGGGCUGGGGACAGCCAGGCGGGGGUCGCGCGGCGCUUGUGCGCAGGGCUCCGCAGCCCCCGGGCCGUCCCCCGACGCCGGGGCCGCCCCUGCCCGACGUCUCCCGAGUGUCGCACCGCCCAGCCUGGGAGGCGCGGUGGCCGGUGCGGGCCGGGCACUGCGGGAGGCACCUCUCGGCCUCCGAGCGGCGCGCGCUCCCAGAGCGGCCCCUGUCGCCCGCGCGCUGUCACUACAGCUCCUUUCCUCGAGCCGACCGAUCCGGCCGCCCCUUCCUCCCGCUCUUCCCCGAGCCCCCGGAGCCGGAGGACCUACCGCUGCUCGGGCUGGAGCAGCUGGCCCGGCGGGAGGCCCUGCUGCACGCAGCUUGGGCCCGGGGCUCGCGCCCGCGCCACGCUUCCCUGCCCAGUUCCCUGGCCGAGGCCUUCGCUCGGCCCAGCUCGCUGCCCGCUGGGUGCACCUGCCUCACCUGCGCCCGCCCCGACGGCCACUCGGCCUGCAGGCGCUUGGCGCAGGCGCAGUCAAUGUGCCUGCCGACUUACCGGGAGGCCUGCCAGGAGGGCGAGCAGGCAGGGGCCCCCGCCUGGCAGCACAGACAGCAUGUCUGCCUGCACACCCACACCCACCUGCCGUUUUGCUGGGGGGCUGUCUGUCCUCACCUUCCAUCCUGUGCCAGCCACGGCUCCUGGCUCUCUGGGGCCUGGGGGCCUCUGGGGCACAGGGGCAGAACUCUGGGGCUGGGCACAAGCUACAGGGACAGUGGGGGACUGGACGAGGUCAGCAGGGUAGCCUGUGGGACGCAAGGCUUCCCGGGACCCUGCACCUGGAGGCGGAUCUCCAGUCUGGAGUCAGAAGUGUGAGUUAUCAGCCACUCAGGCUUCCAGCCAGCUGGAUUCUCUGCCUGGCACUGUCAGGAUUAAGCGGCAGGGAGGAUUGGGCUUUUCUCGCUUCUACCAUGAAAUCCUGGCCAUGGGACCCCAGUGACAGAUAUCUUCCAUGGUCAUCAGUGACCUCAGUAGCCUCAAAUCGUGGUGAGGGUUGGGCUUCUGCUGUCCUCUUAUCAUGCAGAGUUCUGCCAGGAGGGUGUGCUGUGGGGGUCAGACCCCUGAGGCUCUCCCUGCCCUGGGGCUAGCCAGUUACUGGUCAUGGCUGCUGUGGGUGUGGAGACUGGAACUUGUGGUUGAGGCAGGGCCAUGCUGAUCCUUGCUCUACCUGGCUGGAGUUUCUUCUCAUCAGAGCACUGGGACAUUAAACCAACCUUUUACAACACA